AUGGUCGCAGAUAUGGUGGUGCUACAGGUGGUUGGUGCAGGUGGUGUUGGAUAUGGCAGUGGUGGUGAGGUGUUGGUGUUGGUUUUGGUGAGAGCCUCAUCCACCACCUCCACCUUCCGGCCGCCAUUGUUGUUUGCAUCGGCGCCCGAGCAAUCUAAACAACACUCCAUUCCUUCCCAGCGAAUAUCUCGUCACUCAAUCUCCCCCAACUUGCUUUGGGAACAAAAGCAGUUCACUAAAGAACCCACCAAGGAAAAUAUCAAGGCUAUACCCCCGUCGCCGCCUCUUUCUCCUCGUCCACCGACCCUUCCCACCACCCCCUCUGACGAAGGUGGUUCUUCCCGCAAGUGGGUUUUCGUGGGAGCCGGAAUUGGUGCUUCUGUUUUCUUCCUAGUCUUAAUCUCCGUGGCUUGGUUCUUCCUCCACCGUCGAGCCAAUCGCCACCAAUCUUCACCAACGUCAUCGUCCCUGAUUAAGAAACUGAAUGAUGAAUUUGUAGAGUUCAAGCCAGAGGAGAUAAAUGGAAUUACGACAGAUUUCAAUGAACCUGGUCAUCUGAGGGCACGAGACGCCACCGGUAACGGAGGAGUACUCGCCAAAGCCGCCGAAGCCAUGGUUGAGCGUGAUUCGUCCGCUGUGAAAAUAGUAAUGGAGUCCGUGGAUAUGAUAAUGGACAAUCAUUUCUUUGCAACUGUCCUGGCGGAUUGA